AGUUCUGGAUGCCCGAUGACGUACUCAGCGAGAGGGGUGCAGGACUACAUUUCCCAAUAUGCUCCGAGGUGGGCAGGACCCGGAAGUGAGGGCGUGCGAGGCCUCUCUGGAAGUUGUCUCGGGUGUUCGCCGCUGGAGCUCCGGGUCCAGAGGACGAGGUGCAGCUGCGGGGAGGAUCGUCCGCUGCCGCCGGCUCCCGGAGCCCAGCCCUUUCCUAACCCAACCCAACCCUGCCCAGUCCCAGCCGCGAACCCCGGCGUUACCAUGAAUCCUGCCGUCUUCCUAUCCUUACCCGACCUCAGAUGCUUCCUGCUGCUCCUGGUAACCUGGGUUUUUACUCCUGUAACAACUGAAAUAACAAGUCUUGAUACAGAGAAUAUAGAUGACAUUUUAAACAAUGCUGAUGUUGCUUUAGUAAAUUUUUAUGCUGACUGGUGUCGUUUCAGCCAAAUGUUGCAUCCAAUUUUUGAGGAAGCUUCUAAUGUCAUUAAGGAAGAAUAUCCCAAUGAAAAUCAAGUAGUGUUUGCCAGAGUUGAUUGUGAUCAGCACUCUGAUAUAGCCCAGAGAUAUAGGAUAAGCAAAUACCCAACCCUCAAAUUAUUUCGUAAUGGGAUGAUGAUGAAGAGAGAAUACAGGGGCCAGCGCUCAGUGAAAGCUCUUGCAGAUUACAUCAGGCAACAAAAAAGCGACCCUGUUCAAGAACUUCAUGACUUAGCAGAAAUCACCACUCUUGAUCGCAGCAAGAGAAAUAUCAUUGGAUAUUUUGAGCAAAAGGAUUCAGAAAACUAUAGAGUUUUUGAAAGAGUAGCAAAUAUUUUGCACGAUGAUUGUGCCUUCCUUUCUGCAUUUGGAGCUGUUUCAAAGCCAGAAAGAUACAGUGGAGACAACAUAAUCUACAAACCACCAGGGCAUUCUGCUCCAGAUAUGGUAUACUUGGGAUCUAUGACAAAUUUCGAUGGGACUUACAAUUGGAUUCAAGAUAAAUGUGUUCCUCUUGUUCGAGAAAUAACAUUUGAAAAUGGAGAGGAAUUGACAGAAGAAGGACUGCCUUUUCUCAUACUCUUCCACAUGAAAGAAGAUACGGAAAGUUUAGAAAUAUUCCAGAAUGAAGUAGCCCGACAAUUAAUAAGUGAAAAAGGUACCAUAAACUUUUUGCAUGCGGACUGUGACAAAUUUAGACAUCCACUUUUGCACAUACAGAAAACUCCAGCAGACUGCCCUGUCAUAGCUAUUGACAGCUUUAGGCACAUGUAUGUGUUUGGAGACUUCAGGGAUGUGUUAAUUCCUGGAAAACUCAAGCAGUUCGUAUUUGACUUACAUUCUGGAAAACUGCACAGAGAAUUCCAUCAUGGUCCUGACCCAACUGAUAUAGCCCCAGGACAGCAAGUCCAAGAUGUAGCAAGCAGUCCACCUGAGAGCUCCUUCCAGAAAUUAGCACCCAGCGAAUAUAGGUAUACUUUAUUGAGGGAUCGAGAUGAGCUUUAAAAACUUGAAAAACAAUUUGCAAGCCUUUCAAACAGCAGCAUCAACUUACGUGGUGGAAAUAGUAAACCUAUAUUUUCAUAAUUCUAUGUGUAUUUUUAUUUUGAAUAAACUGAAAGAAGUUUUGGGUUUUUAAUUUUUUUUUCUCCCCCUGACUCAAAAUGCAUUGUCAUUUAAUAUAGCCUCUUUUUAAAAAUCUGUUAGGGAU